AUGAACAACUGCUGGUCCAAGCUUGAUGAGCAUUUUAGGUUACUUGGCCGCUCACCACUUAUGGGUCAAUCGGCUGGUUCCGCUGCGACCUAUCACAUUCUAAACAGUCCCUUGACCAAAGGCAAGAUUGUCGGCGCCAUCAUCCAAAGUGGUCUUCGCGAUCCUCAUGAUCCAUCCGCUGUCGAGCUGGCUGAAGGCUACCAGACCUACAACGUUGCCGAAGAAUACGUGAUCUCCUUUUUGGAAAGUGUCAACUGUUCCACGAUUAGCUGCAUGCGCUCCUUACCGAUGGAGACCCUCGAUACUUCUGAGUUUGGAGGUACAUCUCGCACAUCAUUCAAGGGAACUCUCGACUAUUACUGCAUGCCUGAUACUUACCUGAGCACGCUGAAGCUUGGUCUAUCUCACGACGUUCCCAUAAUAACCGGAAGUACAAGGGACGAAAGCGGCGCUUCUUAUGAGUUAAAUAUCACACUCGCGACAUACCUCUCGAGCGUGAAUAGCACUUUCGCAAGCUUUGCGGACAGAUUCUUCGAAGCUUACCAGGCCAGCGACUCUUUCACGGCUUUCGCUGCUCAGAAUACACAGUACACGGAUCGUUCCACGGUUGGCACGCAGUUUUGGGCCAACUAUUGGCUGAGCAACAGAACUAGCCCGGUGUGGACGUAUCUUUGGGAUCAUGCUCCUCCAGGACAAAACGACGGUGCUGCCCACAUGACGGAGAUUCAGUAUACGCAGUACAAUCUCUACAAUGUGUACUACGAGGAAGAGGACUAUGAGAUUGCUGAAAAGAUGAGCAACUACUGGGUUGACUUUAUCAAAUACGGCAACCCCAAUGGCGAUGGUUUGAUUUACUGGGACAAUAUCAAUGCCAGUACAACCACAACUCAGGAGCUUGGUGACGGUUGGGGGCCCAAGAUCAUUGCAAGUGAUGAUCAAAUUGCUCUCUUCGAGUCCUGGUUUGCUUCGCUGGCAGCCAUUUAA